AUGGUGGAGCCGCCACAGCUGGCAGCAUCCUCUAAUUCCAGAGGACAUCCUGGCCCAGCGCCCUGGACACACCGCGCCUCUCCCCAGCCAUCCUCUGAGGUGCGUGGUGCAGCCUGCUCCCUGCUGCAGCCGAGGGUUGGAACGACCGACCGGUUAAUGACAGAGAAAGUGCUGAGACGACAGAUUAUUUCAACAGUGUCCUCAUCCGUUGGGUAUUUCAACAUUCUGUGUUUGUGCAAGAGACAUAAUGGGACGCGUCAUAAACUCACACCGUCUCGAAGCUCGGGCACGUCGUGGCGGGAUGCUGGGGAACUGUCCGGGUUUGAGCAAUUAAGCUGUCUCCAGGCUCCUGCUCCUUCGGACAAUGGUCCCCCUGACUACCUGUACCCAGAAAGGACCACUCACACCCCACCAGCCCUGGCCACAGCGUUGCUCUGGAGUCCGACAGCCACCACUCCUUCCUCUACUGCUCGGGGGCAGGAAGAGAGAAGAGACAAUUGUGUGUCCACCCGACAGAGGUCGCUCAUCCUGGAUGAGGACCUCGAUUCUACAAGUUCCUCCACCGCCUCCCUGAUGGAGGGGUCCAGAGGGCAUCCCAGACCUCCCCUGGUGCCUAGGGCUCAGAUGGGAAGUGUACUGGAGCCCCAGCCGGCUCCGGGUACAGUUGUGAAAACUCGCAUACAGCUCGGAGCUGAUUGAAGCCUGACUUCCACUCACGGCUCCGUUUGGGAAUGAGUCUGGGCGAACAGAUAGCCAGCGGCUUCCUGGCUCUAUCCUUGCCAGCCGGAGGGGUUUGGAGGCCAAGUAUCUUGUUUCCAAUUCAAGCUCAGUCACCUUUGACUGAUGCGUUAGUUUUAGUGUGUGUGUGUGUGUGUGUGUGUGUGUGUGUGUGUGUGUGUGUGUGUGUGUACACU